AUGGGCGGAGGGCAUGUGCAGUGCACGGCACAAGGGGCUGGCCACUCGGAAUACGCGGAGAGCGUGGCAAGCUCCGAAGAGGACGGUGACCCGUGGGACGCGUACACGUCUCUCCCCACCGUCCGCAUGAUACACAAGGGCGGGCUACUACCACCAGUGCUUGCGCACGCCACCCCGCAUAAUUUGUCCGAAGACGAGUCACUGGAGCCUGUCACCAUAUGCGGACCAGGUUGGCACGCGCCCCUCGACAAGCGCCCAUCCAGGGGACAGCGUACUCUAGAACAAAAAACUCAGAUGUCCUUUCCUGGAGUGCAGUUCUUCUUUGGCAACGUGGUGCCACCCAAUUUGGCCUCAGGGUCAUUGGCUGAUCAAGGAGACUUCGACAACUUCAAAAGCAACAAGCCGAGCGAGGAUGACGAUGCUCCUUUCAUAGUUUCGUAG